UAUGACAAAGCUGCGACGCCGCGGCCAUUUUUCCCGCAACAACCAUUCCACCACGCUCACUCGCUCCACACCCUCGAAUUUACCAAAAUAGCCUCAAAUUCCGCUCGAAUUCCCCUCUUUAGCCCUCGAUCUGCCGCCUCGCUUUCGCCGGAGAGCUAAUCGGAAUAGAUGCCGGAAUCUAGCCCCGCGCCGCCGGAGGAGACCGCCGCUAAGUCGCCGCUCGACAAGCCGCUCCACCUGCUCACGGAGGAUGACAUUGCUCAGGUCACUCGCGAAGACUGCCGCCGUUACCUCAAGGAGAAAGGAAUGAGGAGGCCUUCGUGGAACAAGUCUCAGGCGAUUCAGCAAGUGAUAAUGCUCAAGACGCUCCUCGAAUCGACGCCGGAUUCGGACGCUGCUGGUGCGCGCAAGCGCCUCCGCAUUUCGCGCCCUAACAAUACCGAUAGCAGCAGCAAUGUUGCUCUGGAGAGUGUUCCCAGAGGAACAACUGCUGAGGCGGAGAAUUCUUUAUCCGCUGAGGAAACGACGCCGCAUUCUGUGAAAGAUCUCGACAAACCUGAUUCUUCGGGUGCUCUGUCUAGCCGUUUUGCCGCCGCAAAUGAUGAAUCUACUCAGCUUAGAACCCCAGGUUCGAGAACUAUGCCUCUCGGCCAAAUGACAAUAUUCUAUUGUGGCAAAGUGAAUGUGUAUGAUGAUGUCCCUGCAGAUAAGGUACGGACAUUAAUGCAUAUUGCUGCAAGUCCUCUACAGGUUCCGGAUGAACAGCCAGUUGAUGGUUCUGUAGGACUGCAACCUUUACCGUGCAUCCCAAAAACUGUUAGCUCUGCUCGUCAGGAUUCAGCUGUUCUUAUAUUGCCAACUCUCCCAGCAGAGAAAAUGAAUGAAAGCACCUCACUGCCUGGAGAAGAAACAAAAAAGCUACGGGAAGAAACCCCUGUGGAAGGACCGUCAACCAGAAAAGCAUCUGUACAAAGAUACCUUGAGAAGAGAAAAGACAGGUUUAAGAGCAAGGGAAAGGCUGGAAUGACCCCGUGUGCGAGAUUGGAUGUUUAUAUUAACCAUCAAAUGGGUAAUCAACUGCCAAGAAUUGACACUUCCAUAACCCGAAUCAGAAAUCCUUCUAACCCUACACGGUGCAGUUCGAUGGAAAAUGAUUCAGUGAAGAAAGUUUGCCUUUCUACUGGUCUGAGUUACAAAGGUGUAUAGGUGGAUGCACGCGCCUUGUUGAAAUUUUGUACCACGCGAGUCUGUAGGGCCGAGUUUGUUCUUCGUUGGUUGACUAUCUCAUCCCUCCCAUGUAUGCUCUUUGCCAUCUUGUGUCAAUUAGGUUCAACCAUCCCUUAGUUUAAUUGACAACUAAACAGUAGUACUUGUCAAAUUCAUCGGAUGUUGACAAUCUUUCAAAAUGGAGCUGUUGAUUACCUCA